CCCAGCACGUCUUGGCAGGAACUGCUGAGGGCGUGGCCUCGCCUCAGGAGUUCGCUCUUGCUCUCCUCCUCAGGCCUCGCGCAGGAGCCUCGCGCCAAAGGGGAUUCGCGUCCGCCUCACGCUUGGAACGUGGUGGCUGAGGCCGGCCUGAGGUUCGCGCACGCAACCAGCCUACCGGGGCCAGCACGAGACGCUGUCUGAUCAGGCUCCCAAGUGUGGGGCUGGCGCAAAACCAGAAGGGCGCCAUUGUGCACGUCCUGAGAUGUGGAAUUCCAGCAAGCACUUGUGUUUCCCUGAACAGCCCAGGACCAACUUCCUGGGUCCCAGGAACAGGAGGGCGAGUAAAAACCACACCAACAAACUGCAAGAGCUGGCAUUGCUGCUACCUGUGGCCCUGAGGACCAGUACCAAGAAGUUCACCAAGAAGGAGAUUCUGCUGCACGUCCUGUACUACAUUCACUACCUCCAGAGAAAAAUCGAUGCGGCCAAGGCGUUGCUCGAAUUCCACACCACCGAUGGGAACGGUGGACUGGGGGGGCUGGGUUGGAAGCAGGCCACAGGCCCAGCAAAGUGGAGACACUCCACCCCGUCCAGCACCCCACACUCUCAUGAGUCCCAUCUUUGGGGAGGCUGCCAGAAACCUCGGAAGAAGAAGCCAGCCCAAGCAUCAGAACGCCAGACCCGGGCCCAGAACCCUCGUCGCUGUCUGGCCCUGGACCAGCCUAAGAAGCAGGUGACCCCAUCCCCAGACCAGAGAGGAGGAAACAUGGUGGCGACCAUCACCCCUCCAAGAUGCCUCGACUCCUGCAGUCACCCCAAGGCUGUGUCAUCCCCAUCUCAAGGUGACAGAAAGGGAGGAAGAUCCUGGCUGACGCUGCUGCAUAUGGCUGAGAACAGCGUCCACUGUGACAUCUCCACUUCUGAUAGGGACGUGGGAUUCCAGAAACCUGCAGGCUGCUGUUGCAAAAACAGUGCCCAGGAUGCGGGGCCUUACCCUGCCUUCGAGGCCCAGCAACGGGUUGAGAGGAUCCAUUUUCUCAACAGGACCCAGCCCCGUCCCAGGCAGAAGCUGGUGUGCGAUUACAGCGAGGAGGUGGACAAGGAGUCCCCAGAUGCUGACCCUUGGCUUCCUGCCUGGACCCCAAAGGGCAGUGCCCAUGGGAGCCCACUCGCCUUGGGGCCUCCCCAGAUUGACGACUGGAAUGCGACAGGCCACCGGAGCCAGAUCCUGGGGCUCAGCCCCUCCCUCUUCAGCUCCCCGGCGAAACUGCAGCCAGAACAGAUCCUGGAGGAUGGCGCCAAGCACCUGACCCAAGCUCUCUUUGAAGAAGUAUUCUUAGAUCCUGCGUCUUCGCCUUCUGCCUGCACGCUUGAGGGACUACAGAAGAAGGACACACCCCCUGAGGCCCCCGAAGACCUUCCCGACUCCCUCAGCCGGUGCCAGUCCUUGGUCUCGCUGGACCACUGCUACCUGUCGCUGUGUGAGAACAGCAAGGAGCUGUGCAGCCCCAGCUCGGAGGACACGGACACAGACUCGGUGUGGAGGCAGCAGGAGGAUGUUCAGGCCGACCUCGAGGGCCUGCAGUCCUCCAGCGAUGAGGAUGAGAGUUAUACGUGGACCCCCACCCAGCGGGCCUCAGCCCUGCCCGCAGCCGGGAGGAAGGGCAGGGCGGGCAGGGGCCUUGUGAAGCCCAAUGAGAGCAAGCAAACCCCCUGCCCCACCCAGAUGAAGAAGAAGUGUGUCAACGGCUUCAUCAUGUUCUGCAGGAUGAACCGGAAGCAGUACAUCAGAGCCUGCCCUGGGACCGCAUCCACGACUGCCACCAAGGAGCUGGCCCACCUCUGGCGGAUGAUGACCCUGCAGGAGCGGAGACCAUAUUGCACCAAAGCGCGCAGGUUCAGUCGCCGGCACAACCGGAUCGUGAAGAAGGUCAGCUCCAGCAGCGAGGACGAGGACUGGGAGACCCCCAAGCCCUUCUACCAGCUGCUGGCUGAGAAGGCCCGCCGCCGCUAUACCGCGCGUGAGGGCAGCCUCACCCCCUCCGCCACUGCCUCGCAGCUCCUGCAGCCGUGGUCUGAAACGAGGCGCCGGUGGUGAAGAGGUUGUCUCGUCCUGGGCAUCACCGCCGCUAGUGCAGAGCCCCUCAGUCAGGCACCCCCAAGUUGGGAGGCGGCUAUUUAUUGACCCCGGUGCUUUGUGCAUUUGCCUUGAUACGGGGCAGCCAGAACUUCUCCCGCCCGGGGUAGCAGGCGUCUCACAGCCCCUUUCAAGCCUGGCCUGGCCUAUCAGAGGAGCCGCAGGUGGGGAGGAAGGCCCCCCCUCCCGCCCCCACCACCCCCAACAAUGAAAUGCAAGGAGGUGCAGUUGCCCUCUGCCUGUCCUUUACCCAGCCCAGAAUCAAAUGCUUUCACCCAGUUGUACCUCACUCUAUGCCUCCGGCCCUGUUCUAUUUAUAGUUCUAUUUAUAGAUUAUUUAUUGUUUUUAACUAAAUAAAGUGGAAACUGUUACCAGCAAGAGACAGGG